AUGAACUCUCACAAAUUCGCCGAGGAUAGCAUGCCCGACAUGGACCCCGGGCUGGACCCUUAUUCCAACAUCCUUCCUACAACCUUUGCACCUCACAGUGCGUCAGAGGGAUUGUCCUUUCACUCGUCCUUCAAGGGCAUUACAGGCCUUGCCGACUCGGGGAAAACGCAGAAUCAGGUCCAAGGGGACGAUCCGUAUCCUACCGUCUUCCUCGAAGCGCAGACCAUGGCGUCGCAGAGAUUGGCAAGCGCCACCAACGGUGGACUGGGCUACGGAAUAAACCCUUACACCAUGGCGCCACCGGCACCUCUUUUGACCGCAGUUGAUCCAGGGCUCCUCGCCACAGCGUCUGGCGAAGAACCAUCAAGCUCUCGGGUGCCGUCCCUGACCACGACAAACUCUAGUGGAAGUAACACAAGCUGCAUUCCGACCGUCGGAAGGCCGCAGAGCAAGUCCUCCCGUUCGAGAUCUUCCAGGUCCGUCUCGUUUGGUCCAGGAGACUCGCCCAUUCCAGACCCUCCUGCCAAGAAGAAAAAGAGGACCCAAAGCAAUGCGACGGCUGGGUCGGCCGUGACAAAAACAACCAGGUCCAGAAAGACGUCUCCGGACGCCGACGGCGAUGACGACGGCAAGCGCAGUACCGUCCUAGAGCGGAACAGGGUUGCAGCUCUCAAGUGCCGAAAGAAAAAGAAGGAAUUUGUCCAAGAUUUGGAGGAGCAGUGUGUCGAGCUCGAAACCACAAACCACGCCCUCCAGACGGAAGCUCAGGGGUUGCUGAAUGAGUCAAACAGCAUGAAGAACCACCUGAUGGACCACGCGUCCUGUAAGGAUCCCAGGAUCGACAAUUGGCUCGAGUUUGAAGCCCAACGUUUCGUUCGGGAAAGCAAGGAGCGCGCCAUGAGAGAGCAGGGUGGUGGGUUGACCUACGAGAAGCUCAUAGAAUCGGUCGCGCCUACGACGGCAACUAUCUCGUCGCACCGAAGCUCGUUAUCUGAGAGUAUGAUGGCGACUUCGAGACGCUCGAGGCAAGGAAGUGCCGGCUCAUCGCAGACAGCUGGGGUACCGGUACGAUGUCGAUCGUCGCAUUCAGUAUCCGAGAGCGCAUGGAAUUCGCCCAUGGACCUCCCGGUCUAUCCCGUUGGCUCUGCCCAAACCUCCCCCAUAGUCCCCUCGUUCAACACCAUGAACCCUCUAGAAAACGAAGAAGGCUAG